GAAGCAGGGUCGCUAUUCCGGUGGAAAUCCACCUUGGUCCUGGCCAACGGUGGUGAGCAGCCACCAUCUCCUCUGCUCUCAUGGUUGCCUGCCAAGCUGAUGUGCUCCUGGCUUGGUCUCACAUGUGACUCCGCUGGACAUGUCGCUGAGAUCAGCCUCCAUGGCGCUGGCCUCAGUGGCACCCUUGGUGCGUUCGACUUGCCUGCCUUACCAGCGCUCACCAGGCUCAACCUCCGCGGGAACAACAUCACAGGUACCAUCCUGGCUAACACCACCAACUUGGUGUACCUUGACCUGUCACAGAACAGCUUGUCUGGUGUGAUACCAGAUACCCUGUCAUCGAUGAUGCGAGGGCUGAGGUACUUCAAUCUGUCCUCCAAUGAAUUGCAUGUGCCGAUACCAUGGUCGCUGUCUGACAUGCGAGAGGUGCGCAUGUUUGAUGUGUCAAGGAACAAGCUCAUUGGGGUAAUUCCUCUAGAGCUGUUCAUGAAUUGGCCAGAGAUAACAAUAUUCCAUGCGCAGAACAAUUCCCUUGCUGGAAGCAUCCCUCCGGGGAUCAGCCACGCGACCAAGCUAGAAUCCUUGUUUCUGUACCGCAAGAGCCUGUCUGGCCAAAUCCCGGUGGAGAUUGGAAGGCUCACAAGCUUGCGGCGUAUCAUGUUGGCAUGGAAUUCCCUGACUGGACCGAUUCCACAUUCGGUCGGAAACCUAACGAGUCUUGUGUUUCUAGGUUUUCCAUACAACAACCUCAUUGGAAAAAUACCUCUAGGAAUCACCAAUUUGACAGCAUUGGAAGCCCUUGACCUUGGCAUCAACCAGCUGGAGGGUGAGGUGCCUGCAACUAUCUCUUCUCUCCAAAGUCUCCGAUUCCUUGUUCUUAGCAACAAUAAUUUAUCUGGUGUAAUACCAUACCUCAACAUUACAAAGCUGGUUGGCACGUCCUUAGCAGACAAUAGCUUCACUGGAGAAUUUCCUAUUGCAUUUUGUCAGAUCUGCUGUUCAUGGACUUGUCAAGCAACACUUUCUCUGGGAAUGUCCAAAUGUCGAAGGACUCGAAUUAUUUGUCCCUAGAAUCAGUGCAUCUGGCGAACAAAUAGUCUCGUUGGAGGAUUUUCACUUGUCCUCAAGAGAUGCAGAAGGUUACUGAUUCUGGAUCUUGGUGAGAACAAGUUUUCUGAUACAUUUCCUUCAUGGAUAGGAGUUAGCAAUCCCCCUGCUAAGGGUGCUCCGGUUACAGUCGAAUAAGCUCCAUGGGAGUAUUCCUUGGCAGCUAUCACAGCUCUCUUUCCUCCAGCUGCUGGAUCUAUCAGGAAACAGUUUGGUAGGUUCCAUUCCAAGAAGUCUCUCCAAUCUAACAUCCAUGAUGCAACCAAAAUCGGAUUUCAACAUACCACUGCAAAUCAGCUAUCUAAUUUCACAUCAACUUGUUUUCUAUGUGUACAUUGAGUGAAUCAACAUAAAUUGGAAGAGGCAAUAUCAUACUUUUGAAGGUGCCAUAGCGCUUAUGACAGGUAUUGAUUUGUCGAGCAACUCUCUCUCUGGUGAAAUUCCUCCAGAGCUGGCAAAUCUUGAAGGUCUCAGAUUUCUAAACUUGUCAAGAAAUCAUCUAUCUGGUGGUAUUCCUAAAGACAUUGGUAACUUGAUGAUUUUGGAGUCCCUUGACUUAUCUUGAAAUGAACUCUCUGGCUCCAUUCCUUCAAGCAUCUCACAAUUGAUGUCUCUUGAUUCGCUAAAUCUGUCCAACAAUCAUCUAUCAGGUAAGAUACCAACGGGUUCCCAACUCCAAACACUGGCGGAGCCAUCAAUUUACAGCAACAACUUUGGGCUAUAUGGUUUCCCACUAAACAUAUCGUGCUCAAAUGAUUCAAACCCUACAGCAGCACUUAGUGCACACAGCCAUGAGAUUGAAGUUCUAAACUGCUAUUACUCCAUACUAACUGGGCUGGCAUUUGGAUUCUGGUUAUGGUCUGGACUUCUGCUUCUCUUCAAGCCUUGGAGGGUUGUCAUCUUCCACCACAUCGAUCAUAUACAAGAGAAGGCUGCAAAAAUGGAAUUUCGGCAUCUGUAUAACGUGGUAAAUCACAAAAAUAGAUAGGUCCUGUCUGGAUUGGGAGUAUCCCAUUGGAGAGUUUUGAAUCCAGUUAAGAUUUGAAUAACAACAGAACUUCCAAUGAAAUACCCCGUAUAAUGUAGUAGUUCCCAUGUAUGCUCUUUUUUUUUUCUUUGCUGAUGUUAUUCAACUGUAACCUAUGUUAUGGUUUUACUUUAAAUAGAACUCUGGUUUGUAAUAACUUGACAUUAGCUCUAGUGAAGUAGUAGUUCUGAUUUACAAAUCAAAUAUUUACAAGGCAGUGUGUGCCACCAGCAGUAGCCUAGAUUUAAUAUGAAACUCCUAAGCAUGAAAAUGGAUGAGAACGGCCUGACCUAAGCC